AUAGACUUUAAAGCCCAAUUUCCCUUUCGAUAUUUGAUACAAUUGAAUUUAUCUUCAGUCAUCGGUGGCCCUCUAGAUCGCCGGUGGGGUUUCGCCGUUCCGGGUAAAAAUUAAUCCGAGUGAAGAAUUUUGGGGAAAAAAAUGGAUAAGGAGAAAGUAGAGCAAUUGAAGAUUCAAAUGCAACAAUGGUUACAUGAAGCUGAAGAAUUCGUCAAUCAUAUACCUCCUGUUCAACUUUAUACUGCUGUUGGAGUUGUAUUAUUCACCCUCGUUUUAUUGUUAAUCAUUCGCUUAUUCAAGCGUACAUCAUCUAACACCAUUGUACUCACCGGGCUUAGUGGAAGUGGCAAAACAUAUCUUUUUUACCAGCUUAGAGAUGGUUCAGCCCAUCAGGGUACCGUGACGUCAAUGGAACCAAAUGAAGGCACUUUUAUACUACACUCUGAAGAAGACAAGAAAGGGAAAUUGAAGCCUGUUCACGUUGUUGAUGUCCCAGGGCACUCCCGGCUUCGGCCGAAACUAGAUGAGUUCCUGCCUCAAGCAGCUGGCGUGGUUUUUGUGGUGGAUUCCGUGGAAUUUUUACCAAACUGCCGUCCUGCUUCAGAGUACUUGUAUGAGAUCCUGACAAAGGCUAGUGUGGUCAAGAAAAAAGUUCCAGUCCUCCUCCUUUGCAACAAGGUUGACAAAGUAACUGCACAUACAGCUGAAUUCAUCAGAAAACAGCUGGAGAAAGAAAUCGACAAGCUUCGUACAUCAAGAACUGCAGUAUCUGAUGCAGAUAUCUCUAAUGAAUAUACGCUUGGUGUACCUGGAGAACCAUUUACCUUUUCUCAAUGCCAUAACAAAGUAAUUGUUGCUGAAGCUUCUGGUUUGACUGGUGAAGUUUCUCAGCUGGAGAAGUUCAUUAGGGAGAACGUGAAACCUUAAUUUGGGUAUUUCAAGCAAACGGAUUCUCGGUUUUUAUUUUGUUUCUUCUCCUCCCAGAAAAUAGUAUCAUAAAGAUGGUGAAAAAACAUCAACUUGGAAAACAUAUUCAAAGUAGGGAUAGUAGUUUGAAGAGUUUCUUUCUGUUCUAUUGCCAAUCCCCCACCUAAACAUUAUGUUUGUUGUGCCUAGAAUAUCUUGUCAUUGGAUUUGAUUACUUUCCAUUAUUUUUGUGCUGGCAGCUUUUCAUGGCAAGGACUUUCCUGUGCAUAAUUUUUCUCCAUUGAAUUA